AAAACUUCGGCUGCUGACUCUUUGCUUAAACUGAUUGUGCAUACAAUAGAGAGUACAGAAGGCGACCCUCGCCCAUUUGGAGGCGUUCAAUUUAUUUUGAUCCCAUCCGUGGGGAGAAGACAACAUAAAAGCAGCUGCCAUUAUUGCUACCAUAUUGCUGUGAAGUUGUUGCCAACGCGAGUGAUUCAAAUGGAAGUUUAACCAACCGGAAAGCGAGAAGUGCCUGGAAGUAAAACCGACCGAGGAGCCAGCAAAAGCCCACACCGGGUUAUCUUGUUCGUCGUCGUCGAGUAUCAUGAUGAGCAUUCGUCUUCCUAUAGAGGAAAACUAAACACCGUUUUCCUGUUUGACUGAAUCGACGAGCAAAUACCACGCACAUUUUGGGGGAAGAACAUCAUCAACAGCAUCAACAAAACAAAACAAAGACGAUGGAGUGCCUUUGGAAGAUUUUGCUGCUUGUUUCAAUUUUGGCCGUGAACGUGAUCCGAUGCCAGUCGCUGCCAUCCCAAGACCGAAAUCAAGAGCAACUUGACCAGCAACAAAGAGAUGCAACAACGGGGGACCACGAAGUGGCCGGAAGUCAACAAAACGUGCGAUUGUUCCAACCAGCAGAGGUCAUCGGGGCAGCAGCAUCGGUAACACCAACCGAAACCGGAAGCCGACCCGAGAGUGGCCGGUCUCUGAGGAGCAGCUACUAUACGGGUGCCACCAACGAACGACUUUUCACUCACAGUUUGUUCAAUAAGCCUUACUACGGCAACGCCGGCUAUCCGGGCUUUUACGGGGGAGCAGGAGGAUAUCCUACUGGAGGUUAUUUCCCACAGGCGGGUGGAUAUUAUCCGCAACAGGGAGGAUACCCGGGUCAAUACUACCCGGGAACGAACUCGCUCGGCGGUGGCUUCGGAGGUUAUGGAGGAGGCUAUCCGGGCUACGGAGGCUACGGCGGAUUCGGAGGUAACGGAGGCCUUCAAUCGUAUCUGGGCUACACCGGUGGCAAUUACUAUGGAAGCCGCAAUCUCGGCUUCGGCUACUAUUCCGGAACCAAUCCGAUUGGAUUGACCAGUUCCAGCUUGGUCAGCGGCUAUCGGGGAUACAAUUGAAUGUUUGAACGCCGCAAUGUUAUACCAUUAUUGUGUUGUGUUUUGUGAAUGUUUGUGCAAAUUUAUGUGAGCGUUUGUGUUUGUACUUUUAGAAGCUUUAUUUUCACACCCGGAACCCUGAAAUAUCAUUGUGAUAGACAAUAAUUUUAACCAAAGCGAAACUAGUGUUAAUAAAUUUUAUUUAUUCUUCUCAUGCUGUUGUAUUGUCCAUGAUUGGUACUGUAUCGUUUCCUAAACUCAUUACUAAUUCGUGUGUAUUUGAAAAACAUCUGCUUGUAUUCAUUUAUAUAAUUUUGGUGAUAUAACUUCUCAUAAAAUCAGUCAGAUUGAUUUUUGCAAAUAGAACUCUUUUUAACAGCAAUCAAUCAAAAAGGUACAGCUAACACAAAAUUCGAAGCAUUUCUUGGAGGGUCAACUCGUGUUUGAUCGUCCCACCCAAUAAAUUACAUUCCCUCACUGAACGCUUGCAGUUUACCCAUGAAUUCCGAUGAAUGCGCAUCGAAUUGCGAUGUUACACACUUUUUAUUGACUGUUUCC